AUGCGGUUGCAGGUCGCAGUCUGUGUACAGCAAGGGGAGCGUCGGGGGCGCGGGGGGUGUGGCGGCGGGCGCGGGGGGGGGGGGGCGCAGCCGCUGCUCCUUAGGCCGCCCGCGCACGCCCUCGCCCUAAACCAGAACGCGCACAACGCGCAAAGGGACCCAGCGUACGGGACCGCACCUAACGGCGUGCGCCCCGGACCAGCAGGCGCGGCGGUGCAGGAGCGGCGCGAGUCGCUCUACAGUUCGGGCGCGCGCCGCGGCCCGCUCUCGUCCGAGGACAGCGCUUACGGCAGCUACGCGCCGCACGCCACGCUCGCGCACGCCACGCACGCCGCCCACGCCGCGCACGCCGCCCACGCCACCCACGCCACGCACGCUACGCAGCCGCGCGCCUUCCGCGGCGCCCCGCACCAGCCCGACCACUAC